GGCCGCCAGUUCUCACUCCGCCAGUCAAACGCCAUGGCGUGCUACAACACGACGCUGCUCACCACUGCCACUGUUUUGUGUGUGCUUUCCUGCUGGGCUCUUGUUGCUGGCCAGCUGCCGGCGACGGGCAACCCGCAGGCGCCCGUGUCCGACCUGUGCCUGGGCUGCAUCUGCGAGGCGGUCUCCGGCUGCAACCGCACGCUCGGCUGCAACGGCGACGUGUGCGGCCUCUUCCGCAUCACCUGGGCGUACUGGGCAGACGCCGGCAAGCCCGUCAUCGCACAGGACGACCCCAACAGCGACGGAGCGUACGUGCGAUGCGUCACGGAGCCGUUCUGUGCAGCGCGCGUCGUCCAAGGCUACAUGUCCAAGUUCGGUCAGGACUGCAACGGUGACCAGCGCAUCGACUGCUUCGACUUCGCGGCGAUCCACCGGCUGGGCGGCUACGGGUGCUCGGGCGCGCUCGACUACAACUACCAGAGCCGCUUCAUGCUGUGCCAGCAGCAGGUGGUGCAGCUGGUGGGCAACGGCCAGGGCUGAGGUGCAGCUCACCUGACCCCACCUGCUGGACGUCCAGUGAUGACACACACACACAGCGCAGCGGGCGCUUCUCCUCCUCACACGUAACCACUUCAAGACUAAGAAGACUGUGCCAGUUUCUCUCGCCUCAUUCCAUCUAGACCAUAGGUCAACAGUUUGACAUAUACGCUUGCAUCUCCAUAAUCACUCAUGCUUCUUUUAUUAUUUAUGUAUUUGUAACGCUAUAUCAUAGCCAAUAAAGUGAAAAGUAUAA